AUGGAUGGAUUUAGCGGCUACAAUCAGAUUAAGAUGUCGCCCAAAGAUGCUGAGAAGACGGCCUUCCGGCCACCAUAUGGAAAUUUUUAUUACACGGUCAUGCCAUUCGGUCUUAAAAAUGCUGGCGCCACCUAUCAAAGAGCCAUGAUAGCAGUGUUUCAUGAUAUGAUGGGGAAAGAGGUGGAAGACUAUGUGGAUGAUCUUGUGGUGAAGUCAAAAACUAGAGAAGGCCAUCAAGAGGUGCUGAGGAAGGUGCACCAGCGCGGCAUAGACGUGGAUCCCGAGAAGACCAGAGCUAUAAACUCUCUCGCACCGCCUAAAAGCCUAAAGGAAUUAAAGAGUUUCAUGGGAAGACUGUCAUACAUUCGACGCUUCAUCCCUGGCCUCGCUGCCACAAUGAGCACUUUCACUCCUUUGCUCAAGAAAGGAAAGCCGUAUGUAUGGGGCAAGGAGUGCCAGGAAGCCUACUUGAAGGUACAACGAAUAAUCACCAAGCUGCCCACCAUGAGAGCGCCUAUUCCGGGACUUCCCCUCAAGCUUUAUCUAGCUGCAACAAACACAGCGGUAGGGGCCUUACUUGCCCAGGAUGAUCAUGAAGGCGAAGAAAGUCCCAUUUAUUAUGUGAGUAGACAAUUGAGAGGUGCUGAAACAAGAUACCCAAAAACCGAUCUCUUGUGCCUUGCCCUUGUCUAUGCUGCGCAACGCCUGCGACAUUACUUCCUUGCUCACAAGCUGCAGCUCAUGGUGAAAUCUGACCCCGUAAGAUACUUGCUCACGAGGCCGGUGCUAUCUGGACGUCUUGCACGCUGGUUGCUACAACUAUCCAAGUUCGAUAUCACAUGCGCAGCUCCCAAGGCCAUUAAGGGGCAGGCUGUAAUUGACAUGUUGGCUCUAUUUCCUGAGAUAGAAGAAUCGACCCUUUCCGAGGAGGUUCUGGGGGAGCUGCCGGAAGUAGUUGCUGCAGUUACAGAAGAGGAGCCAUGGAUCCUUUACUUUGAUGGGUCUUCUACGUCAAAAGGUGGAGGAGCAGGUGUGGUGCUCAUUAAUCCAGAGGGACAGGCUACAGCCCUCUCGUUCAAGCUAAAUUUUCCAUGCACAAACAACACGGCAGAAUAUGAAGCUUUUAUUAUGGGAAUGUCUAUAGCAAGAGAGAUGGGUGUGGAGAAAAUCAAGGUUAUUGGGGAUUCAAACCUGGUGCUAAGUCAAUUACAAGGGAACUUUGCUGUGAAGGAGGCGACAUUGGCACCAUAUCGUACGACGGCAGAAAAACUUACUAAUUCUUUCAAGCAAGUUGUGAUGGAGCACAUUCCCGGAAUCACUAAUAGAUAUGCUGAUGCACUGGCUACAUUGGGAUCGAAGCUCUCAUUUGUCGAAGAACAGCCUAACAUCACUGUGAUAAAAAAAGAUGUAUCGGUAGUCGAAGCAAUGUUCCAGGAGGAGCUGCCGGAAGCAGAAGAUGAUUGGAGGAAAGCUCUGAAGGAGAAGAUGAGCAAGGGAAGCGACAUCAAAGAAUUAAAGGAUUACACGAUCAUCUUUGGAGAGCUCUACAGGCGCCUUCCGGGGGGUAUUUUGACUCGGUGUAUAGGAAUAACAGAAGCGCGAAGAAGGUUGCAGUCUAAUUGCCCCAGGUGUUCUACAAUACCCUCCACCGAAGAAUCUUUCACUAUUUCACUCGCAGAGGAUUGGAGAGCUCCUUACUUAGCAUUUUUCGUCGAAAGGACUCUACCAACCGAUCCCAGGCUUGCCUACAAGCUCAAGAAGACAGUAAAAAGGUAUUUUGUAGACGGGUCGACGCUUUACCGUAAGGGGUUUAAUGGCGAACCAUUGAGAUGUUUGGGAGAGUCAGAGGCACGUCAGGUCAUGCAAGAAAUACAUGCUGGAGAGUGUGGAGAGCACCAGGGAAUGAAGAGGCUUCACCGGCAGCUGCUGAGUGUUGGGUUUGGAAUUCCAUACAAAAUGGUCACUGACAAUGGCACUCCUUUUGUUAACAAACAAGUGAGCUCAACACUUAGCGGCUAUGGUAUCAAGCAUCGCCGCUCCACACCUUAUUACCCACAGGGAAAUGGUCAAGCUGAGGCUACAAACAAGACCAUAUUGAGGAUUUUGAGCAAAAUGGUACACGAGUACGAAGGAGGUUGGAGCGUUCACCUGCCGGAUGCCCUGUGGGCUUACCGCACCUCUCCAAGAAGCGCUACAGGUUUUUCGCCUUAUUCUCUUGUGUAUGGGUCUGAUGCCAUUUCACCCGUAGAAAUCACCAUCCCCACGGCCAGAGUAUCGGCUGUCAAUGAUCUCGAAUGGGAUAUGAAGUCAUGCUCAGAUUGGCGCCUAUUAGACCUCGAAGCUGUCGAUGAAAAAAGAGCUGAAGCCGAAAGAAGAACAUCGCUUUCCCACAAAACCAUUGCACAAGCUUACAACAGAACAGUCAAGCCGCAAGCCUUCAAGCAAGGGGACCUCGUGCUAAAGGUCGUCGAGCAUGUGAGGAGACAAGUAUCGGGGCCUUCCAAAUUUGCUCCGCAAUGGGAAGGGCCAUUCGCAGUCAAAGAAGUUUACAGCAGCGGCUAUUAUCGCUUGAUCUCUGUCAAAGAAGGCAUGCUAACGGAUCCCAUCAACGGGAAGUGGCUCAAACCGUACUACUGCUAA